AAACACCGGAGUAGCCGCUAAGAACGUCACCACAACAUCCGCUUUGAGGCUCCUGAGCCAAGUCGUGUCCUCACCAAGCUGUCAGAGAUGACAGUGUCAAAGUUACCGACUGCUGCUCUUUCCUUAAAACAGUUUUUACAGAGACAGAGGGUUUUGGGGAUCUACAGAAACAUGCUGAGGACCAUACGGCUGGUACCAAGUGAGGCAGACAGGAAGUACCUCACGGACUGGGCAAGAGACGAGUUCAAGAGGAAUAAGAACGCCACAAACCAGGAUGCCAUCCGUAUGAUGAUCACACAAGCUAACAACCAUCUAGAGGAGCUGCAGAAGUCUCUGGCGUUGGCCAAGAGUUAAACACUGUGAGCUGCUGUGCUCUCUGAGGAGACUCUGUGGCUGUUGACAGGAACCCUCUGAUCAGGGUCGUGUCAUUGUGAGUGACUGAUGCAGAAUGUAUUGAAACUGUUUUUUGUCUGGACGCUGUUUUUGAGGAUGGAUUAAUGGAACGGACCUGAAGCCAUCGACCUGUAAAACCUCCUGAGCUGCUGUUCUGCAUACAGUGCUGAGGAUUUAUGCUCCAUGAUGGUGGAAACUGAUCAACCUGUGAGCUAACUGAGCCCAUCUGCCAGACUUUAGUUUGUGCUGUGUAUU